GUUCUCCAAAGGAGUGCCCUGCAAGAGCCUCCAACAGAAGCCGGAUUGCAGCUGAUUGCUUCCCCUCCCUUCUUCCUCUCUGCCCUGGUUCUUUCUUCCGUAUUUCACCUAGUGUUUCUGCUCCUGUGAUUGUAACUUGGCCAGGUUGUGAUAUGAAGCAGAGCACCAGGAAAAGACUGACUGAAAGAACAAAGCAGAAGUGUCUGGAUGUCACUUACCACAGACACGGGAUUUGCAAACCUGAGAGAGAGAAAUGUCACAGGCUGGAAGGAACCAGAGCUCUCUUUUUAGAGCAUUUUAAAGAAAAGACCUGACAGAGCUUUAGGGAGAAAGGGGCAAUUGGAGGGACAAUGCAGCUGUCCUUCACUGGGGUGAUUCUCUUCCUUGCAGGCUACUCCUCUGGGCUGGCUGCCCUGGAGCUGACUGGCCCUGGGGAGGUGAGCAGGGCCCUGGGCGAGUCGGUGUCCGUGCAGUGUCGGUACGAUAAAAGGUAUCAAGGAAACAGAAAAUACUGGUGCAGAGGAGCAGUUUGGAGAACCUGUCACACAGCUGUUGAGACCACAGGGUCGGAGGCCGAGGCAAAGAGGGGCAGAGUCUCCAUCAGAGACAACCCCAGGCUGUGCACAUUCACAGUGACCAUGAAGAACCUGACGCUGGGAGAUGCUGGGAUUUACUGGUGUGGGAUAAGCAGAUUUGGAUACGAUCCAGGAGUUCCUGUUAAGGUGACUGUUGUCCCAGCGCUUUCCACUGCAGUGAUGGUAACCACUGGAUCUCUCUCCCCAGCAAUAAGCACAACAAACGCAGCUGAGCACCCCAAAAGUUCUCCUUUCACCAGCGCUCUGUUCUUGCUGCCAGUGCUCCUGCUGGUUUUACUUAUGUUACUGAGCGGAGCCAUUCUCCUGGCCAGAAGAAUGAUGCUGAAGAGGAAAAAGGCUGCUGGAGCCAUUGGGCCUAGCCCAGCAGUGAAUGAGGCAGUUACCAGCACCGAAAGUGAUGUUUCCUAUGCAACUGUGAAACCAAAGCCUAGAAAAUCCAUCACUACAGCCCCAUCCCCUGACUCUGCUCAGGCCAAGCCCAGUCCAGAAAGGGUGGAAUAUUCAGCUGUAGCUCCAGGGAUGACAGAUAUUUCUUACGCCACAGUGAAAUAUCCAAUCCUGGAUGAGCAGGCAAUCUAUGUCAACGUGGGCAGGUCAUCCAACCAACCCCCCUUGAGCAGCCCUCUGGAACAAACAGAGUACUGCGAGCUGAAAAGGAAAUAGGCUCUCCCCAGAACAUCUCCCUCCUCCCUGUAGUUGUGUGGAAGUGCGAAGAUUGCAACCUCUUGGAGCAGCGCUGCAAGGGAUGGAAUCGCCCGAGAUGAGCUGGUGGAGACUCAGCCAGAUUAUGCAAAGGCCAGAUGGACCUACAGUCUAUUGAACUGGGAGACCGUCUUGCCAGAAUGGUCUGAUGCAGCUGAACAUGAUGUGGUGUAAUGGGGGGAAUGCCGUGGAGAGGCAGAAGAAUCGCUUCCUCAGUCUUAUUUAUUUAAUGUAUGUCAGUCCUCACCUGCGCUCUCUCACACAAGUUAAAGCCGGAGGGAAAAUAAAUAAAUCUGAUUCUGCAGAGAUGGGUCCAAGUCAUGUAGGUCUGCUCCAGUUUCCUAGAUUUGAGUGGAGAGAGGUUGGGUUUGGGAGCCAGACCCAGGGAGCAUGGUGGUGGUGAUAUCUUCAUCCAGCUCUCCUGAGACAGUGAAGCUGCUGCAUGGGUCAUAGCUGCUCAGAGAGAUAAGGGAGAACUGUGGGAGCAGGACCACAGAAAGACAAGGGAUGGAGUGCGGCUGGCAUCUGGGGACAAUGCUUAGACAGGAGCAUUCCCAAAAAAAGGCAGCCGGGACUUUGAUUGGAAUGGGCCCCCAAUGGAAGACAGCGCCAGGGAGGAAAGGAGAAAGACCUCAGGCACCAAGCAGCAUGGAAUGGCACCAGCUCAGUGGAGAUGAUGCAGCAUUGUUGGGGUAGAGGCCUUGGAGAGAAAAGACAGCAGCCCUGGGAGGGGCGGGUUGGCAAGAUCGGACCAGAGUGACAGGAAGCGGGAGGGAGUUUUGCAUCAUUUCACUGCAUGUGUUCUGUUGCUAAAUGGGCAGUGACCUUUCAAGGGGAGCUCCCACAGCACCAUGGGACAGGGAAAGUGGUAUUUGCCUGUGCAGAAACUUGCAACAUUCCAAGUUUGGGAGUAAGUUUAAUGCUUAUGAAAGGAGGGGGGUAGGGUGUCAGGGGGUGGAAGCAGCAGGAGACGAAACUGGGAGUCAGGAAUCAUAAGUUCUGUUCCCAGCUCUGCAACUGACCCACUAUCUGAUCUUGGACAAGCCCCUUCACCUCUUUAUGCCUCAGUUUCCCCCAUUGUGAAGCAUAGCAAAUGGCUGUGCACUGAGAGAUCUAUGGAGGAAGAGUGGUAUAUACAAAAGAGUUCAGUAGGGUUAUUUACAGGGCUGGUUUGAUCCAGGCACACAGAGCAUGCAUUGUGCUAAGGUUCUGCCAACAAAUCACUCCAAUACUGACCCACAGCCACAUCCUGCUAGUCAAGUCCUGAGCUCUCCCUCAGGUCUGUCAAUGGUCUCACCCUUCUUCAGGGCCUGCCUUACUAAUCCUGGGCUUUUCUACAGCAAAGGCUGCCAGCUGAUGAAUUACACCAAGUCUCCUGUGGUUCUGCUGCGAGGUGCACAGAGAGGGACAGGCACAAGCUCAGACCCUUCACUUGCAUCUUCAUUCAGGAACCUGGGGGUCUCUAAUAUGGACACUGUAAUGAACCAAUGCACAACAACUCAGCUCUCAGUGCUCACUCCUGCCUCCUUGGUGAUUGUCUAGACAGAGAUGUUCCGAGAAGCAGGAGGGCUGACAGGAGUCAGAUGAAUCUGCAUGAACCAGGGACUGCGUGCACUCUGGGGCGAAGGUUACCACAGCUCCUCCACAAAGUGAAGGCAGUAGGGGAGGAGUAAGGCAGAUCAGGCAGGGUAUAAAACAUUUCCUGAUAAGUACCCCGGGUUGGGGAGUGGUAUUCUGGUUUCUUCAGAGACCAGACAAGAAAAAAAAAACAAAAAAAAAACAAAAAAAACCACACACAACAACACUACCCCACACACAUUUGGGAUAAUUAACUCACAUUUAAACUGACUCAGGGCCUUCCUUCUGCUUCAUGAUCUAAAAAGUGAUACAAACUUGUAAUCACAGGAAAAAAACCCAGUUGCAGGGUUUGGAAGGACUAGCAUCUUCCAGAGCCCAGUGUUGCUGUUGGAGGUGGGGGGGUGACCACUGGUCAGCUUUUUAUCACGCAUCUUUUGUUGCUUUAGAUUCUCUCUCUGUAAUGCUUUUAUCUUAAGA